AUGCUUAAAGAACCUAGGGGAACUUCAUACGAAUAUUUAACUGUAUUUAACAACGUUCCAAUAACUUCAGUCAUAUGGAAAGAUAAUAAACUGGUGACACUUCUUUCAUCUUAUUGUGGCAUAUUACCUGAAAUGUCAAUCAAUCGAUUUGAUAAAAAAUCCAAAAGAAAUAUGGAAGUAAAGUGCCCUUCUAUAAUUAAAGAAUACAACCGCCAUAUGGGAGGUGUUGAUCUCCUUGAUUCUUUGAUUGGGCGUUAUAAAAUUAAAAUACGGACAAAAAAGUGGUACAUGAGGGUCUGGUAUCACCUCAUUGAUAUAUCAAUCGUUAAUGCAUGGUUACUCUAUAGACGAGUGGAAAAUGAAAAUGGUAGAGUACCAAAAUUAAGUUUAUUUGAUUUUCGAACAGAAGUUGCAUUUUCAUUAACAACGUCUGUAUCUACUCCAAAAAGAGGCAGACCAUCUAAUGAAGAAAGAGAACAGUUAAAAAUACCUAAACAACAUACUCAUUCAAUAACACCUGAAGAUAUCAGAACAGAUGGUUUACAUCAUUGGCCAGAAUAUAAAGAAUCAAGGCAACGGUGCAAGUAUGAAAAAUGUGGAAAACUAACACAAUGCACUUGUACUAAAUGUGAUAAGUAUUUUUGUUGCGGUGUCAACAGAAAUUGUUUUAAAGAUUUUCAUACUAAAUAA